CAACGUUUUAAAGGACGCAUUCAAAGGCAAGCUUAAAAGGUCCAAACUGUAAUGCCAUAGCGAGGUGGUGACGACGAUUGACGCGCAGCAGAUCAACUUGGCCACCAUUUUACACUUUUCCCAAGAUUCUCGUUCCAGUUCCCUAGAUUAAACAUGGUGGCCGAUAGCAAGGGAAAAUCCGACAUCUCCUUCGCUGGAACUUUCGCUGCCAGUGCGUUCGCUGCCUGUUUCGCUGAAAUUUGUACCAUUCCUCUGGACACUGCUAAGGUUAGGCUACAGCUCCAAAAGAAUGUGGUUGCUGGAGAUGCAGCAAGCUUACCAAAAUACAGGGGAUUGUUGGGCACUGUUGCUACAAUUGGUAGGGAAGAAGGCCUAGCAGCACUAUGGAAAGGCAUUAUACCAGGGUUACAUCGCCAAUGCCUUUACGGAGGCUUAAGGAUUGGACUUUAUGAGCCCGUUAAGACCUUUUACACAGGCAGUGACUUUGUUGGCGAUGUUCCAUUAAGCAAGAAAAUACUUGCUGCACUAACAACUGGUGCUCUGGCGAUUGCAGUUGCAAAUCCAACUGAUCUUGUGAAAGUUAGGCUUCAGGCUGAAGGAAAAUUACCAGCUGGUGUCCCAAGGCGCUAUUCUGGAGCGCUAAAUGCAUAUUCGACAAUCAUGAGACAGGAAGGGGUUGGGGCUCUGUGGACUGGGUUGGGACCUAACAUAGCACGAAAUGCUAUUAUAAAUGCUGCUGAACUAGCCAGCUAUGAUCAAGUGAAGCAGACAAUUCUAAAAAUUCCAGGGUUCACAGACAAUGUUGUCACUCAUCUUAUUGCUGGUCUUGGAGCAGGAUUUUUUGCUGUUUGUAUUGGUUCCCCAGUUGAUGUGGUUAAGUCGAGGAUGAUGGGAGAUUCCAGCUACAAAAGCACCCUUGAUUGUUUUGUCAAAACACUGAAGAAUGAUGGACCUCUUGCAUUCUAUAAGGGAUUUAUCCCCAAUUUUGGACGGCUUGGAUCUUGGAAUGUGAUCAUGUUUUUAACUUUAGAACAGGCCAAAAAAGUUGUCAAAAGUAUUGAAUCAUCUUGAGCUCAAAGGUGAGUUCAAGCCUCCGACUAAGGAUUUUGCAAGGAAUGCGGUCAAAGCUGUUGAGAAAAUAAGUAUCCCUUUCUGUCAUAGUUCUCAUUCUGCUUGUGAAAUCACAAAGAUAAACUUUUCUUUUUGGAGAAACAUCAAGAAAAAUAUUUGAAAAGAUUAUAGGAACUCGGAACUUCAAACAAUUUCUGUGUCAUUUUUGGGAUUCAUGCUGCUUUCUUGCGUCCAUUUAAUUGUCAAUUAGGCUUUUAAGGCUCGUAAUGGCCUUUUGCUCGAUGCUACCUGUCCAAAAUAUUAUUUGCAGCAAGCAAGCAAGUGCGCUCAAGUGCACACAGUUAAUAGUUUCGUGUAGUGAAAUAAUAUUGGGCGCUGUACUCUGUAAUAAUCAAUUAUUAUUACAAAUUGUUGAACAACUGCCGCAGAGGCAUUAGUGCUCACAUAAUAUUGAUUAGUGCUCGCAUAA